AUGACAGAUUCAACCAGUGGUUAUUCGUCAUCAAGUUCAUUGCAAGUAAAGCAGAAUUCUGCUUCCAAACGACAGGAUUCAUAUCCAAGAGAUACGUUCCGAAAUCAACAAGGCAUUAGUAAAAGACGUAGCUCUUCAUUCACAUCUACAUCGUCGCCCUGGUUUAGGCGUAACUCGUUGCUAUCACCCGCAAUGGUACAGAAUGAGAAUAUUUCGGUUUACGACUCUCCCAAUUAUUAUUCACAUAGCUCUAGCUAUAAUAUUAUUUCGUUGAAGGAAUGUCAGGGGUUUAUAUUCAACCAGGAUUUAUUCGCAUCACCUUACCAACAGCAGAAAUCGCUUGCAAACGAGAAGAAGAUGAGGGCUAUGAGCGGAUCUAAGUCAUCAUCUAACUCAGCUCUGGGUUCUCGAUCAGCUUCGAGGUCUUGUUCACAAUCACAGGCAAGUUCUGCUGCUAAUACACCAUUGUAUUCACGAAUGGCAUCGCCAAAAUCACAACAGAGAAGACAUACUUCGUAUCAUGAUCCAAGGCCGUCCCUUUUAUGUGACUCGACCACAGAUGAUAAUGUGAUGAUAGAGGACGACGAUAAUGAUGAAAAUGAUGAUGGAGAAGAAGAAUUUGUAUUUGAGAAUACUUCCAUGGACCUAAAUGAAAUAGAAGAUCAUGAGGAUGUUGUCAUUGAUGAAUAUGAAGAAUUUGAGCUGAUGGGCGAAUAUGGUGACUCUACGAAUAGAACGUACAAAGUUCAUGUUACUGAGAUCACUGUUAACGAGAAUGACAAUAGCAUUUUUCCAAGUUAG